AUGCCCUCUCACCACUUUGAACACGGUAAAAAAGUUGUGCCGGUGCUGCACCCCAUGCACAAAUUAUUUGCUGUUUACCUCGAAACCGGGCAAAUCGGAAGUGCUAUGCUCAAAUACGGGCAAAUCAUGUUUAAACAGAAAGGUGUGCCAAGAAUAAUAGACAUGGAGAAAGAGUACAGAGAGUUUACUGUUGAGAUUGAUGGCGGGGAGAAAAAGAACGGGAAGUACCUGCUCAUCAGUGAAUAUGUGGAGGGAAGUGUUUGUGUAACACUGGUUAUCAAGGCUGAGGAGGCUUUUGACCGCUUUUCUUUAAAAGUGCUAGAAAAAAGGAAAAAUGAAAAUAAAGCACGGUUUGUAGACAGCGCAGAUAUUAUCAGCAGAAUGUGCGAUUGUUCGAGCAAACACGGGGCGAAUAGUGAGCGUGGCUUGGCUGAAGACCGCUUUUGCGAAGAAACGCGGGAGUGUGAGGAACCUGGAAGUGAAGAAUAUCGUGUGAUAUGCAAAGAAAAAGGAUGGUCGCGUAAAAAAGACGAAGAGACGGGUGUAAAACAAAUCACCGAAAAUAACGAGAGAUUGAACAGCGAGGAUAAAUGCACAGCGAUCAAGCGAACGAAGAUGAACAGCGAGGAUAAAUGCACAGCGAUCAAGCGAACGAAGAUGAACAGCUCACCUUCUGAUCAGUUCUGUACUGUUUCUGGUAAAAUUGGAGAUGCUAAAUUUACCGGAGAAGACCGCUUCAGCGGAGAAAACGUGAAAAAGGCACCUUCGUGUUUGGAAGAGGAAGGAAACGGUGCGUUGCAGCAGGUUGAUGGUGAUUCUCACGUAUACUCUGAUAUUAACGCAUAUCAUUCAUCUGAUUGUUUCAAAACAUACUUACGUGAUUUGCUGCCUCGUUCGUUUGAGGUUCUCGGCAGAACAAUGAUCCUCAAUCUCAGCAACGAGCAGAGAAAGUACAAAAAGGAAAUCGCAGAAUAUUUUUUUGAGCUGAAGAGCUGUAAAACGAUUUUUUUGAAGAAUGACGUUGUGAAGGAAACGUACAGGACCACUGAGUACGAAUUAUUGCUGGGCGAGGAUAAGAAAGAUGUUGUAUACACAGAAAACGCUAUACGAUUCGAGUUCAAUAUCUGUGAUGUCUAUUUUAACAGCAAGCUGAGCGGUGCGCGUGAACAGUUAGUGGCAAAGUUCAGGAAAAACGAUGUCGUUGCCGAUCUGUUCUGCGGGAUCGGCCCUAUAAGCACGCAAGCACUCAAAAAGGGAUGUUAUGUCAUUGCCAACGACAUUAACCCUAAAGCGAUCGAAUACUUCAAGAACAUCGUAAAGAUUAAUGGAAUUGCAGCGAAUUACGAGGUGUACAACGAGGAUGCCAAGGACGUAAUUUCAAACCUAGUGAACCGGGAGAUAAACCAUUUUGUCUUUAAUCUGCCCGAGCUGAGCAUUUACUUCAUCGAGCACGUGAAAGUAUUUGCAAAGAGCGAGCUGCACUGCUAUUUUUUUUGCAGAAAGAACCGCGAUGUGAUUGCGUACUUGCAGGAGGAGAUCGGGCUGGUGGUACCGAGGGGGUGUAUCAAGGAAUGCAGGAAUGUGGCACCGUCCAAGUUGUACUACUACAUGAACGUUAAGGUCAAGGAUUUGCAAUGGCUGGACAGUGAUCCGCACCCAACUGAUAAGUCGAUGGAAGCGUAAGCAUGUAAUUUUUGCUCGAGCACUCAUGGCAUUGUCAGGAAUGCGUGGUUUGUCACCCCGCACAACAACAGCUAAAAAACGUUUAUAUCAUAUGUGAAAGGAACGUAUGAAACGAUUCAAAAGCGUGCCAAUUGGAUGGUUCAGCGAUGGAGAGAGAACUAAAUUUUGAGCAGAGAUUGCACCAUCAGUGAAUGUAGAUGUUCAUCGUACAGUUCGCAAUCUUUGGUUUUUUAACUGAUUUAAAAGUUAAAUGGUGUGCUAUGACCCUAUGAUUAACGUUUCGUGAUGUGUUUCCAGUGUUGCACGCCAAAACGUGAAACAGAGCAGUGGACCGAUCAUUGCAUUCGUUUACAGAGAUUACAAAUAUUUUCUGGAUUUAAGCACAAUCCGUGUUCCAUUUGGAUAAAAAGUAUAAAAUAUGCUAUAUGCGACGGUUUCAGGCCGGUUCUAUUAAAAUUGUUGCUGCAUGUUAAUGUUGAACCACGCAGUAGAUGCGAUUUAAGCUCCUGAUAAAGAAAACUUUGAGAUAAAUAAACACGCUUCUGGUAUAAAAUAAAAGAAUGCGCAGCCC